CCCUCCACCCCAGAAAUCUCACAUUCUGCACCCACCCAGCCACCCGCCAGAUCUCUGCGAGAGAGCACAGAUGUUGGUUAUAAGUGAAAGUGGAUGCAGACUUUCUUCGGCAAACCUUUCCAUUCGUGGCGAGCUGAAUCAGACUUUGAGGCACUUUAACGGAAUUGAACUGCUUCACCCUAGACCAAAUUAAUAGCGAAAAAAAAUCUACUGUUUUAUCACAGCCAUCUAUCUUAGCUUUAUACUUUAAAGAGAGUAGAAAUUGUGAAAUAUUUUCAACGGCUUUUUUUGUUCCUCUUAAAAGAAAAAAAAGCGGGCCUUUAAAAAUGAACACGUGGAACAUUUUAGCUCAGGGCCUUUGGCUGCUGAGGCUAGGGCUGCUGUGCGCAUUAUUUCCACUCAUUUGCAGCUCCGAGCGUCAGGCCACACCGCCCAACUCCAAUCGCUUCGUCCGGUGGAGCAACAACGGGCGCGUCUACAGCCUGCAGACGUCGGGCCAUCAGUUCGCGGCAGCCGGUGGGACGGCACAUCGUGACCCCCAGCAGCACGGCCGCGUCGCGCCCACGCCAGCGUCGUCGGCGGAGAGCUCCCGAGCGGGGGGCGACCGCGCCGCCGCCGCCGCCGCCGCCGCCGCCGCCACCAGGAGGGCCCCGACGAGAAGGCAGGCGUCCGCGCGGAGCGCCGCGCAGAGUUGGUGGCUCGCAGGGGAAGGUCGCCGUCGCUCGGCGACCCCGAACGCGGACAGCCGGGGAGGAAGGCGUCAUGCCGCCGCAACCGCGGCCGCCUCGGGCACUCAGGCCCAGGCGGCGCAAAGUUCGUCCGGACCCAGCCCCGUGCGGGCUCGCUCCGGCGCAAGAGCAUUCCGGCCGACGGUUGCGGCACCGACGAGAGGGCGGCAGCAGCGGCGGCGGUGGCAGCAUCAGCCCGAGUCGGAGCCGCCCUUCUCCGCGUCCGUUCACGACGGGCAGCCGCCCGCGGAUCGGCAAAAUGAGAACGGGCAGAGUGGCGGGGCGGCGGCGGCGGCGGGAGCGAGGGGCAACGGGGCGGCGGGUCGUAGGGACGGCAUGCAAGGAGACGAGCCCUAUUACCCCGGCUACUACUACAACGAGUACGGACAGGAGGAGAACCCGUACUACAUGCAGUACUACAAUCCCUACUCGUACUACAAUAGGCGGGUGGCUGUUGAGAGAAGUCAACAGCAAGGGCUACCGGACUUGGUGCCAGAUCCGUAUUACGUUCAGAUCGCCACGUACGUGCAGAAAGUCACAAUGUACUCGGUGCGCUGUGCGGCCGAAGAGAGGUGCCUGGCAAGCUCGGCGUACCGCUACGAGGCCAACGACUACGACACGCGGAUGCUGCUGAGGUUCCCACAGCGAGUCAAGAACCAGGGCUCCGCGGAUUUCCUUCCGAGCCGGCCGCAGCAUCAGUGGGAAUGGCACAGCUGCCAUCAGCAUUUCCACAGCAUGGAUUCCUUCAGCCACUACGAUCUGCUGGACGCCACGACAGAGAGGCGUGUGGCGGAGGGUCACAAGGCCAGCUUUUGCCUGGAGGACACGUCCUGCGACUACGGAUACUCUAAGCGAUACACGUGUGCCGCUCACCAGCAGGGAUUAAGUCCUGGCUGUUACGACACUUACAAUGCCGACAUUGACUGCCAGUGGAUCGACAUCACUGACGUGGAACCCGGGCAGUACAUUCUGAAGGUUCAGGUGAACCCGAAUUAUAUCGUGCCCGAGAUGGACUACUCCAACAAUAUUGUGCGGUGUGACGUGCGCUACACAGGAAACUAUGCGUCUGCCUCCAACUGCCGCAUCUCACCGUACUAACGUUCAGAUGAAUGGGACCUCCACAGUAAAUAACCACUUGCCACCCAAGUCACGGAGAUGAGCUUUGACUAAUCAGCACCAGCAGUGUUGUACUUGACUCGGCAUAAAUACCACGCGUGUGAUUGCAUGAAGCCGACCGGCGUUUAACAUAUUGUCAGUGAGCAGGUUUGCAUCUAUUGGUGAAUGUUACUCAAAGGAAAAAAAGUGAAGACUCAAAUAUAUAAUUGUACAAUUGCAGGUGUGCUGAGUGAUACAAAAUCGUCUGACCCACAUUCUAUAGAAGUGGUGUACCACUGAAAUGGCAUAUGGGCCACACGCAUAUCUUGUAUAACACUUGGACAAUCCAAUUGCUUUAUGGCUUUUGUGAUGACAGAUUAACUGGCAGGUCCGUAGUUUAAGAGGUCAUUGUAAAAUUGGCUCGGUGUUAAUGGACACAGAAUGUUAGCUUUGAUUUACUCCGUGCAAUGGCUUGCUUCAUAGAACUAGCUGAAGGAUUUUACACGUUUUUGUUUUCUUUUAAAUAACGAUUACUGCAUCUAAACUCUGUUGGAGUGGCAGCCGAGGAAUGGGACGCAUCCAAUAGGGUUACGUCCACCAAAGUAAUCAGUUCAAGGUGCAGGAGCCGGGAGGAUCAUUUUAUACAUCGCAGCAUCGCGAGCGACGGCGCAGGGCUUGGGGAGGCCUUCAUCCAGCAGUGGAUUGACCAUGGCUGAUAAUGACUGCAUUAAAAACACGCUCAAGCCCCCCGUCGCUCAUUUUAAACACAUCGGCUCUGCUGAUCGCAGUUGGUUUUCUCCGUAGGGGUUGGAUAUUUCCACAUUCCCAUGGCAGGGAACUCAUGCAUCCAUUUGGAUAAAUGGUGUUGACCUUCCUAAACCCAGGUGUAGUGCAGCCUCACUAAGUGGUACUCAAUUUAUCAGUCCAACCCUAAAGAGAUGAUGGCCUGAUUGGAUCCCUAGACUGUUUGAGCACAAAACUGCAUGAGAUGAGCCGUCCAAAGUAAGCCAUGUGUCUCCAUUAGCAGGUUUAAACCGGUGAUGGAAAUUCAACCUUCCUAUGCCAGGGGCCAGUAUAUCAUAGGGGAAAACACAAUUUUUUUAAUUAGUACAAAAUGAACAAUUAAAAAAAUACAAUAACAACCGUACACUCACAAUGUACGCAAACCGUACACACAUAAACCACCAACAGAGGCGGACCAUGCAUCAUACAAUUCUGUCCAACUCUCAUCAAAGUGAUAGCAUCAGUAAAGGUGUAACGAUGCAUUGAUUAAUAGAUUAAAAUCGAUUCUCAUCGAGAUACGUGCGUCGAAUUGUGUUUGUGCAAGUCCAUUUUUUUUAAAAUUCAUGUAUCCUGUACUAGGGCGCUGCUUUUUGUAGGAUCAUUCUCUAUUUUGAAAUCUGCAAGUCUUCCCGGGACGUUAAAAGUCCCAGUUUUUGUGUCAGUUGUGCAAUACUCCACCACUCAAGGCAAUGCAUUUACAUUUACAUGCACCGCUCCCUUCUUUCGGUGCUGUGAGAUAUCCCUUCUUGCAAUCAGAUUGUCCCAGUUUCUAUUGUACGUCGGAGGAGGAGACAAUCCUACCUUUAAGACAAUUGGUUCAUGUGACCACUGCAGCGACACGUCGCAACUACAUUCACCACAGUGUUUCAAUUGAAUUGUGACACUUCAUCAUCUCUGUGUGUGUUGGGAUGAUUCGUUACGCCUCGAUUCGUGAAUCACGAUUUUUGCUAUCCACUCACUCAUAACUGUCACCUGAAUACACUUCUCACCUCAUAUUGCUCUUCUGAAUCCGUCUAUCAUAUUUCUAUACUCUUUGGUUCUUUCGGUAAAGUCACGUGGGUAAUUUUUUUUAAAUCAUAUUUCUCUUCUUAAUGCAUCCCUCUCCUAUCUCUUAUAGAUUGUUUUUUUUUUAAAUAUACAUUUCAUUCUUCACCUUUAUGAAACGAGUUCUUUUGUUCGACAAUUAGUCAAGGGGUGACUGCCUGAAGGAUGGGUUGAGGUUAAAGCUCGGGACGGGUUCGAUCCGGGGUGACGGGGCGAAGGCGAGCAGCGAGCUCCGCUCCUGUAGUGGUGCUAAUCUUGACGACCGUCGAUGCGAGGCGAGGCGGUGGUUAACGAGCACGCCGUCCGCACCUUGCUCGGAAACCUCACGGCCUUCCUGUGUGACCUUCCUCACUUUGAACAUUAGCUGCUGCUGCUGCUGCUUUAGCAACGGUGCACAUGGACAAAUAUUCCCCCCAUGCCCCCCCCCCACCCACCCA